UCGUCUCUCUCCCAUCCCAUGGCACAGAGCGCGCCACGCCUCGUCUCCGGCUCCUGCCAUGGAUCCCCAGCUUCAAUUCUAACCUUGCAGAAUUGCUCCCCUUCUGGUAUUCGCCAAGCCUCUCUCCGCCGCAAUUAUCCAUGACUUGUGAAGCAAUCAGCGCCACCGCCGUUCUCAAUUUGAACUCAACUCUAUUCAAUCCCAUACCUUUCGCCACUCCCUCCAGAACAAAUAAUUCCGUCGAAUAUUCAGGAAGCAGUCACCGUCGCCUGCGUUUCCAUUCUACCGCCCCGGUGAAUCAUGAGCGGCGCCGGUUUGUCCCGAAAGUGUUCUCUUCGUUUCCUUCGAUAGGGGCAGAAGAAUUCCCUCUUCUUCCCUUUCCCAUGGACCAGGUUUUCAUUCCAUCCGAGGGCAAGACACUUCAUUUGUAUGAAGCAAGAUAUCUCGCAUUGCUUGAUGAGUCUUUGUUUACAAGGAAAAAGUGUUUUAUUCAUUUCGUGUUGGAUCCUAUUGGGAUCAGUGAUGGAGCAGAAGCAUCAUUUGCUGCUAGAUAUGGUUGUUUGGUUCAUGUGGAAAAGGUUGAACGAUUAGAUGUUGGAGCAUUAGUAUCCAUAAGGGGAAUUGGUCGUGGCAAAAUUGUGACUUUUGUGCAGGCAGAUCCUUACCUGAAAGGCCUAGUCAUACCUGUGCAAGAUGUGAUUUGUGACUGUGUAACCAAAAUAAAUUCUCAAGUUAUGGUGCUGAAGGAAGCUCUUAACUGCUUGAAUAGCUUGGAGAUAAAGUUAAAGUUAUUAUCUUCUGUUAAUAGGCACCCUAAAGAGGAAUUGUUGCAGACUCAAAUUUCCAGUUCUGUUAAUUGGGCUGGAAAGGAAUGCUCUCUAGAUUGCUAUAGGGCUUUUUUCCCAUCCUUUGCCGAGCGCUUGUCCUUUGCAGCACUCCAGCCUGUUUCAGGACUGACUCACUCAGAAUUAGCGAAGUUGCAGAAAGAGAAGUUGAGAGCAAUGGACACUAAAGACACGCUGCAAAGGCUAGAUCAAUCAUUAGAAUUUGUUAAAAACAAUAUUUCCAUGAUUGCAGCCAAGCUUGCCAUUCAGUCCUUAGAUGCGAAAUAAAGCGGCAGCAAUCUAGAAGCCAGUUGUAUGAGAGAAAGAUGCAUCAUUCGCAUUCAGAUUGUACCUUAUUAAAUGAAUGGUAAUUAAUCAGUUGUUUCCCCAUAAUUAUAUUUCUGUUAAGAGUCUUGUGAAUCAUCUAACUGCCAUAAGUUCCAUCAAUAGUUGUGAAUAAAUUUAUUUUAGGCUAA